UCCUGUGGUGUAUUUUUGUGGACAAGGACAAGCUCGACACUACUUGUCAGUGGUGUUUUCAUAAACAUGGCGAGGUUUUUGAGGCCUAAUAUCAGGACUUUUGUCACCUCACAGCUGAGAAUGUCAUCCGACCAGCUGGGUGAGCUGGGUAAAGGUGCCGGGAAAGGUGGUGGUGGUGGAGGCUCUAUCAGAGAGGCAGGUGGAUCCAUGGGGAAGAAGCAGGCUGCAGAGGAGGAGAUGUACUUCAAGCGCAAGGAGCAGGAGCAGCUGGCAGCACUAAAGCAGCACCAUGAGGACGAAAUUGAUCACCACAAAAAGGAGAUUGAACGUCUCCAGCGCGAGAUUGACCGCCACAAGGGAAAGAUCAGAAAGCUGAAGCAUGACGACUGAGUGAAGCCUUUAAAAUAAAACAAAAGUUUUGUUUUUUUUCUCCCCACUGUCCAAGACUCCUUUAGUAACCACACUAGUUUCUGCGUGCACUGUGUCAUGCCAGUCAUGAAUGUUUGAGUGAUGGUACUUAUGUAAAUUCUUGAAAGGUAUUAAAAUUGAUUAAAAGAAA